AUGUCGUCAAUCCCCGAUCCAGUCCUCAAGAAGCCCGUCAAGCUGUCUCUAGUGCAGCUCGCCUCUGGAGCAGAUAAGCAGGCCAACCUCGCCAGCGCAGCCUCGCACGUCGCCCGUGCCGCAGCCUCAGGGGCAAAGAUUGUCGUCCUUCCUGAGUGCUUCAACUCGCCGUACGGAACGAAGCACUUCCCUGAGUACGCAGAGACACUCCUGCCGAGUCCUCCCUCCCGCGAUGCCGCGCCUUCGUUCCACGCCCUUUCGGCCAUGGCCGCUGAUAACGGCGUCUACCUCGUUGGAGGCUCAAUUCCCGAGUUCAGCCCUGACACGGGAAAGCACUACAACACCUGUCUGGUGUUUGGGCCGGAUGGCAAACUGCUGGCUACACACCGAAAAGUGCACCUCUUCGACAUUGAUAUUCCGGGCAAGGUCACAUUCCGCGAGUCUGAUGUCCUGAGCCCAGGAAAUAAGGUGACGCUGAUCGAUCUGCCCGAGUACGGCAAGAUUGCCGUUGCCAUCUGCUACGAUGUGCGCUUUCCCGAGCUGGCCACCAUCGCAACCCGCAAGGGUGCCUUUGCCCUCAUCUACCCCGGAGCUUUCAACACCACCACUGGCGCUCUGCAUUGGCAACUUCUCGGCCGAGCCCGUGCCGCCGAUAACCAGCUCUACGUUGCGCUGUGCAGUCCCGCCCGCAACGUCGACUCGGACUAUGUUGCUUGGGGUCACAGUCUUGUCGCCGACCCUUUGGCACACGUCCCUGUUGAGGCUGAUGAGAAGGAGACCAUUAUCGAGUGGGAGCUUGAGCCUGAAAAGAUUACCGAGGCAAGGAGGAAUAUUCCCCUCAACACACAACGGAGAUUUGACGUGUAUCCGGAUGUGAGCCAAGGAAAGGUCCAGUUCGACGAGCUAUGA